AUGAAUCAUCUGCGCGUGCUAGAUCUUCGCCAAUGUCCAAUCACUGUGUUCCCAAAGGAAAUAUUCCAGGCUCUGCCCCGACUAGAGACUGUUUAUGCUGACAACUACAAGCUGUGCUGUCCGGUGACACUACCCCGAGGGUUCAACGUGCUCAACUGUCACGCUCCCUCCGAUGAAGUGUCUUCCUGUGACGAUCUGCUGCGCUCCAACCUGUACCGCGUGGCACUCGCCAUCUUUGCCUCGCUGGCCUUACUAGGAAAUGUCGGCACACUGCUUUACCGCUUCAUCUUCCACAACAGCACAGGUAACGUGGGCUACGAUGUCUUUGUCACCAACCUGUGUGUGGCCGACUGUCUCAUGGGUGUGUAUUUACUCAUUAUCGGUGUGGCCGAUCACAGGUACAGAGGCUCUUACUUGUGGGAGGACAUGGAGUGGAGAAACAGCGGUUUGUGCAAGACUGCAGGCUUCACGUGUUUGUUGUCCAUGGAGAUAUCUGUCUUUAUCAUCUUUCUAAUCACUACUGACCGCUUCUUGGUUCUUCGUUUCCCUUUUAGUUCCUUUCAUUUUAGGAAGCGUUCAGCACAGUUUACAUGUGGACUUGUGUGGCUGGCAGGUGUGACCUUAGCUGUGACCCCUUGUCUUCCUAUGACGUCACACUGGCAGUUUUACAGCCAGACUAGUAUUUGUAUUCCACUUCCUACGUCGAGGGUGGAUUUUCCUGGUCGUAAGUAUUCUUUUAUUGUUAUGGUUGUGCUGAAUUUUAUUUGUUUUCUUUUUAUUUUUGUGGGCCAGGUGUUAAUUUACUGGUCUAUUCGCGCGACCUCCAUGUGUGUGUCCAGCACAUCCAAAGCUACUCAAGACAUUACUGUAGCACGACGGCUAAUCACUGUAGUGAUGUCGGACUUUGUUUGCUGGUUUCCUGUGGGUUUGACGGGAAUUCUCGCCACCUAUGACUUUCCCAUCUCGGGAGAGGUGAAUGUGGCGAUGGCUAUUUUUAUUUUACCUGUAAACUCGGCGCUGAACCCCUUCCUUUACACCUUUAACAUUUACUUGGAGCGGCGACGGCGUGCUAGAGAAGAAGAAAGAGUAAAAGGAAUCAUUUGUCAACUAAAAGUUGCCAAAGAUUUACCACAGGUUGAUGUUAAAGAAUAA